UUCAAAACAACUGAACUUAGGACAUCACUGAUCAAACUGGCUUGGAAGAAGAUGCAGAUCUGAUGUCCUACAAUCACCAGUGAAACAGAUACCACUUCAACAGCAUCCUCACUACGCCAUUAAGGAUGUUCAUUACGCAUGGCCUGCCUUCACAAUUUAUUCCAAUACUUCUUUGUUUAUUAUUUCCUACUGACCCUUCAUUCGGAUAUACACUGAGAAAUUGUACUAUACUUUACAAGGAGAGCCCCUCUUCUGAUGUUUACUUUGAUUGUGCCUACCAGGAACUAGUGACCAUUCCUACUAGCAUUCCCAAAGAUGCAGUUUCAGUCCAACUAUCAAAUAAUUUGAUUCAGAAAAUUAACAAAGAGGAUUUAUCUGAGAUGUCAAAGCUAAGAAUUUUAAAUCUGGGACACAAUCAGAUUUCCUCUGUGGAAGAUGGUUCAUUCAAUGACUUAGUUUCACUUGAAACACUUACCAUGGGCGAUAACAAAUUAGUCAACCUAGAGGCUAACAUGUUCCAGGGGCUGUCCAACCUUACAGUGCUUGACCUCAGUAACAAUUUAAUUGAGUUCAUUCACAACUGUUCCUUCCAGUUUCUGACCAGGUUACAAACUCUGGAUUUGCAAAACAACUUCAUUGGUCAAGUUAUUUAUAUUCAGCCCAUCCUACAGCUACCACAAUUACAGAUACUUAGCUUAAAAGGAUAUAUGAAUUUUACCUUUGAGACCAAAGACCUCACCCUAAACUUCUCCUCAAGUCUGAAAGAGUUUGCUAUUUCUGGUUGUAACCUAAAAAUGUUCAGUAUCACAACUCCAGUUUUUCCUUACCUUGAAAAGAUCAACCUUUCUGCUGCUGGACAAUAUGAUGUCCUUAAAUGGAACAUACCUGACAAAACUAUACUCAGACAUGUAAACACACUGUUUCUUGUUGAACCUGUGCUUUCCUUUAAAGGAGUGCACAAGGUCCUAAAGAGCUUCCAGUCACUGAGACAUCUCAGACUGCAAUUCUUGCAUGAGUGGAUUAGGGAUGGAUUAUUGUCCGCAGUUUGCAAAAUACCAACUCUGAGGAAGCUUGAUAUUUACAGCAUUCUACAUGGUUCCACAUCAAAACUUGCCCCAUGCUCACAGCUUACAGAGCUUGAUCUGUUUUUUACAGAAAUAGAUGAACUGUCAGAAGGCUCGGUACGAUCAAUGAGGCAACUGCGUUCCCUAAAUGUGAGCACCAACCAGCUCAGCAAAGUGCCAUAUGACAUAAGAAGCCUCUCUUCACUUCAAAUCUUAAAAUUAGAUAACAAUAUUAUUUCAGAUUUGAAUUGCGAUGAUUUUUUAAACACAACACAACUUAUCGAGCUUUACCUUCACAGUAACCGCAUUGGCAAACUUGAAAGAUGCGUCUUAGAGAAUCUUAAUGAACUAAAGCUUCUAAAUCUAAGUAACAAUCAGCUGAAGGCUGUUGGAGAGACCUUUCAAUUUUCCCUCUUUAACCUAGAGAUCUUGGAUAUAAGUGACAACAAACUAUCUUAUAUUGACUAUGGUUAUUUUCAAGCGUUGGGUAAUCUAAAAGUUUUAAAUGUGGUUACAGAUACAAUGGGGAGAGUGAAACAUAGAUCAUUUCAGGAGCUGAAAAACCUGGAAACUCUUAAUGUAUCUCUUUUUCAAAUUGAACCCACAUUUAGGGGACUAAACCAUUUGGAAAAUAUGACAAUCCAUUUAUUUGCUGGUGAUGAAACUCUUCAAUCAAAUGGGAAUAGAUUUUUUUUCAACAUAAAGUCUUUGAAAUCACUCAGUAUGAUCUGCAAAGGCAACAAAUAUCCCAUUUUGUGCAGUUUACCAGUUAGACUGCUUAAGACUAUGAAAUAUUUACAGGGUUUUAGGGCUGUGAAUGUUAAUUUAAAGGAUCCAAAUAAUGACACAUUUAGGUUCAACAAACACCUCGAGAGCUUGGCUCUAACAAUGACUGAUUUGUCAAAUUUGGAUUCUGACCUCUUUCACCCAAUCCCACAUCUAAAGACUCUUGAUCUCUCAGAGACAAAUAUAAAGUCUUUGGAUUUCUUGAAACUUGCCAAUCUUUCUGCACUUAGAUAUCUGAAAAUGACUGGCAAUGAUAUCAAUGUGAUUGAUGAUGCAGUCUUCCAAUUUCUCCCUUCUCUAACAUACCUGAACCUUAGCAACAACCCAUUCACAUGCGACUGCUCGAACAUAGGUUUCAUUCAAUGGUUAAUGAACAACAAGCAAACACAGGUGGUAAACGCACAUCAGUAUAAAUGUUCCUAUCCAUUAAACAAGCAGGGAAACUUAUUGCUAGACUUUGACAUCCAGUCUUGUUGGAAGGAUUUCAGCUUUGUCUACUUCAUUUCUAGCACUUCUCUGGUUGUUCUUACUCUUCUUACAUCUUUUAUAUAUAACUUCCUGAGAUGGCAUUUAAUCUACACCUUCCACCUGUUCCUAGCCUAUCUCUAUGAGAACAAAAAAAAGAAGCAGAACAAUCAUAAUUUUGACGCCUUUGUGUCGUACAACAUCCAUGAUGAGCACUGGGUUUACAGAGAGUUGCUUCCAGUGUUGGAGGAAGAGCAGGGCUGGAAACUCUGUCUGCACCACAGAGACUUCCAACCAGGUAAACCUAUCAUCGAGAACAUUACUGAUGCCAUUUAUGGCAGCAGGAAGACUAUCUGUGUCAUCAGCCGAAACUACUUGCAGAGUGAAUGGUGCUCCAGAGAGAUCCAAAUGGCAAGCUUUCGUCUCUUUGAUGAGAAGAAGGAUGUGCUGAUUCUGCUGUUUUUGGAGGAUAUCCCUCCUCAUCAUCUCUCUCCAUUUUACCGAAUGAGGAAGCUGGUGAAGGAACGUACCUACCUUAGCUGGCCUCAGGCUGCACAACACCCAGGGGUUUUCUGGCAGAACGUCAGGAGAGCACUGCCGGCAGGAGAUGCUGUCACUGAGAACACAGACCUGCUGACUGGACCAGAAGGACACAGAGAUAUCUAACAGAGCUGUAAAAAAGCUUAAAGGUAUAGUGGAGGAUGUUCUUUUUCCAGAAGGAUCGUCAAAAUAAGUGGUCCUAAUAACUGUCAAUCAUUUUAGUAAUAUAUUUACAUAAGGCUGCCCUAUGUGCUCGUACCCACUUUCACUUAUCAGUGGUGAGUCUGACAUAGUGGAAAAACUGCAAAUUCUUUUUUGGAAAGUAAGCUUGUAUUAGUGAUGCAAACAGCAGCUUUUAAACAGAGUGUGCUCGAGGAGAAAUGGGCUCAUGCAUGCUCUGGCACAGUUUUGUGUAUGUGCAUUUCGUUUUGAAAGUGGAGAGGGUGGGUCUUUUAAAAAAUUCACGAAAAUCCUCCACUAUACCUUUAAAAGAGAACUAUAAAGAAUAGAAGAACUUACAUGCAUAUAGACAAAAAAUGUCUUUAUGACAUCUUUUCUAGGUUUCCUUUCCUUAGUUUUCCUUUGUUUCCCAAGAUCAUCUGCACUAACCACUAAUUUUGAUUUCUACAGGUCCGAUAAAUGUAGUGCUGAUGUGCUAAAAAUCUGAUUGCUGUAAAUGUGUUUUUUACAUCCAGUUUCUACCCGUCUUAGACAGUUUUAGGCCAUGUAUGAUUGUUAUCCAAUUUCAGGUGCAUAGGCUCUUGAAUAUUUAAUUUUCUCAAAAUGUUCCAUCAUUCCUAUGGUUUAGUGGUAAAAGACUGGCUGUAAUCUAAGGGGAUCUGUUUUAAAUCCUGCUAGCAUCAGAAAGGAUAUCUAGUGGAAAAUUGUUCCAAAUUUGUAACAAAUCAUAAUAACUUGCUUGGAGCGACUUAAAAAGGAGGAGAUUAAAGGUCACAAAUGAUCCUUUUCAGCCAUCAGAUAUAAAUAAAGAUGUAAGAGAUGUUAUACUUAUAUUGUUCGAAAUCUGGAGUUUUAUUCACUUUUUUACUUCCAAGGUUUAUUUUAAAACCAAUUUAUACACGUUAAAAAGAAAUUAAGAAAACUUUUACUGUAAAACACAAUUAGUUUAUUUAAAGGAUUAUCAUGAGUAGAGUUGGCUAAGUUAAGAAUAUCCUGAUUUGGAUAACAUGGGUUUAUUAAUCAUUUAAUUUAAGAGCAGUGUUACAACAUAUAAGAUGUUCCACUAUAUAAGAAUAGAAUAGAACAGAAUUCAACUUUAUUGUCACCACACUGUCACAAGUACAAAGCAACAAAAUGAACUCUCUGCAUUUAACCCAUCGCCUUGGAGAGCAGUUGGCUGCCAUUGUGCCAGAGUGGCAGACUGUUAAACUCAAAACCUCUGGAGUCCAAGUGCAAUGCCCUAACCACUAGACUGACACUUCCCUAAUAUCGGCUUGCCUACAUGGGACUCGAGCCCCUGACCCUGAGAUUAAAAGUCUCAUGCUCUACUAACUGAGUUAACCAGGCUCAAAAACUCAUUGGUUUGUACUUGUGAUCUACAAACUGACCUCAUUCAGUGUGUCUAUUUAAGAUUAAAUGACAUGCUGCACUAUAAUAGAAUAUAUUGCUUAGGGUGUAUUGCUUGGACAGCACAUUGCAAUUGGUAAAUCUGUCUUUAAUAGAAUUUGUGUUUUUACCUUGUCUGACCUUAUCCAGCUUUUUUCUGUUUGAUGAGCAAAGAAUAAAUUAAUUCCUAAGUUUUUGGAGGAGAUCUUUCAUCACCUGUCUCCAUUUUACCUCAUGAGGAAGCUGAAGAGGAAAUGUACCUACCUGAACGGACACAUGGUUGUCCAACCCACAGGGGUAUUUUGGCAUAGAAUCCAUAGAUUCCGAUAGGAUGCUGAAAAUUAUCACAGAACUCUAAUUCUUAAAAAAAAUUCGAAGAAGUGAAAUCUUUAGAAAGAAAAUUAAUUUAAUUAAUAUAUAUACUGUAACAAUUUUGGUUCUUGAAGAUACAGUAACUGAGCUAAUUAGGAUCUUCACCUUAGAGUGCCUCACUAUCACUAAACGGAAAGACCAAAAAAUUUGUAUUUAUAUGCUUUUUUAAUACAUGUUUAUUACGAAUAUAUAUUGUAGC